CACAUCUUAAACGCGAGCGAAGCAUACUUAUAGAGCUUGCUGUGAUACCACCACUACACUGCAUGCUUUAUCUGAGCUCCAAUUGAGGAUAUAUUUUUCUCAUAAAAACGACCAGACACGUCAAAGGCAGAGGGGCGGGCUUCAUCAGGUCAUCCAUACAUCUUUCGCCACCAUGGAUGAAUUUUCAGUGCUAUUUGCUGUUCGCAACUUGUUUGCAUUGGGUAACUACCAAAUUGCCAUCAACGAAUUGAGCACCUCCAGCCGACUUUUGCAAUCUCCUGAGGCCCAAGUUGAAGCCAAAGUUUACCUGUACCGUUCAUACGUUGGUCAGGGAAAGUACAACAUUGUGAUUUCCGACAUCACUGAGCGAGAUCCACCAGAAGUACAGGCCAUAAAGCUACUUGCCAUUUACCUCCAAGCCAAGCAGAAGGGAGAUCCUGCUGCUGCUGAGCAGGCGAUUUCAUCCAGCACUGCACUUUUGUCUGAUGGAGCCAACAAUAUCAAUCCCACCAUUCAACUUGCUACCGCCACCAUACAAGUCAACGAAGGUUUCCUGGAAGAAGCCCUGAGAAUUUUGCACUCCCGUGGAAAGAACUUGGAAUGUGCUGCACUUGUCAUUCAGAUAUAUGUGCAGAUGGAUAGAAUUGAUCUGGCCCGAAAAGAGGUUGCCAGUGUCAAAUCCUGGGCCGAAGAUGCACUGUUGGCUCAGCUCAUAGAAGCUUGGGUUGAUCUUCGCGUGGGAGGUGCCAAAUAUCAAGAUGCUUUCUACAUCUUUGAAGAGUUUGCUCAAUCAAACACUGCAGCCACUGUUAAGCUUCUCAACAACCUAGCUGUAUCAAACCUUGCACUUGGCAGAUACCCCGAAGCUGAGAGCCAACUGUUGGAAGCUUUGAACAAGGAUAAUAAUGAUGCAGAUACUUUGGUUAAUCUCAUUGUAUGCUCAAAUUUAACCAGCAAGCCUUUGGAUGUUAUCAGCAGAUAUGUAAACCAACUAAGAGAUGUCGCUCCACAACAUGCAUUUUUGCAAGACUUAGAUUUGAAGAACAGCUUGUUCGAUCGCGCUGCUGCUCGAUACGCUGUUGCUUAAAUACUUAUCCCUUAAAACUUCCUCAAUAAAUACAUUUGUAAAUCCAAAAAGUACUCCAUGUGUUGUCUUUCGUAAAUAUAGAUUAUAUUGUGCUCAUCCUAAAAACUCUGAUUUACGUGCUACUACUAUUGACAGCAAGAACCGCUAUUCUUGGCUGCGGGUGCUGAGUCAAGGUGAACAUCUUCCCUUUUCUUUGGUUGCUGUGUUUGCUGAGUAUCGAUCAAACGCUUCUUGAUAUCUCUUGCAAGAUCGAAGAACGCUUCUUCAACACCGAUAUUUGACUUUGCACUAGUUUCUUUGAAGUUAAUUCCAAGCUCUUGAGCCAAAGCCUGCCCUCUCUCUGUGGGGAUAACCUAU